AUGGCCGUCUCACCGCCAGCAUCGCCCACUGGCGCACCCCCGCGUCCCAUCAGUGCCGUCAUGCGCACUCCACGUAGUACCAGUCGUUUAAGUAUGAGCAGCAGGCAAGGUGGCAGUCGUGCAUCUGAUGAGGAUGGCAAGACUGCAGUUAAAGUCGCUGUCCGUGUGCGACCACCGCUGAAACCAACCGAUCCUGGCUAUGAAUUGAUUCCUCAGCGAUUCCAGAAAUCCACAGUCCACGUCACUGCGCCAACUAGUCUGGCCGUCGAUGUGUCCGCUGGGCGCAAACUAUUUGUGUUCGAUCGGGUUUUCCCUGAAAGUACCGAACAGGAGGGGGUCUGGGAAUAUGUCAGUGAUAGUGUCGACUCAUUUGUUCAGGGAUACAAUGUCUCGAUUAUGGCAUAUGGCCAGUCCGGCGCGGGAAAGUCCUUCACAAUGGGUACCUCGGGUCCCACUGAGCAGAAUAACAUGCAGGAUAUGGGUAUCAUCCCCCGUGCUGCGCAAGUCUUGUUCGAUAAAUUAGAAGGCCCCUCAAAACAUAAUCGGAAUGGCUCGCAGUCGACUACUGGCCUCCGAACACCCCAACGAUAUUCAAUGACUUCCGCCGCAAGCUUUGGGAAGUUGAACCAGGAAAAAGAAAAGACCUGGCAACUGAAGGCUACAUAUGUGGAGAUCUAUAAUGAGCACCUGAGAGAUUUGCUCCUUCCCGAAUCGGCAAUCGCAAACGAUCGCAGCAACGUCACGAUUCGUGAAGAUACCAAGGGCCGCAUUAUUCUGACUGGCUUGCACCAAGUCAACAUUAACUCGUUCGACGAUCUAAUCGGUGCCCUGAACUUUGGCUCCACCAUCCGUCAAACAGACUCCACGGCAAUCAACGCCAAAUCGUCUCGGUCGCACGCCGUCUUCAGCUUGAACCUUGUGCAGCGCAAGUCUUCACCAGCCCACGCGACUCCGACCCCCAUAAAGGAGAAGCGCAUGUCGAUGCCAGUCGACACGUUCCACGCCGGAGAAUCUGUCACUGUUGAUAGCAAACUGCACUUUGUGGAUUUGGCGGGUAGCGAGCGGCUGAAGAACACCGGCGCCUCCGGAGAACGUGCUAAGGAGGGUAUCUCUAUUAAUGCUGGUUUGGCCGCACUCGGCAAGGUCAUCUCGCAACUCUCGUCGCGCCAACAGGGUUCUCACGUCUCCUACCGCGAUUCAAAGCUUACCCGACUGCUCCAGGAUUCUCUCGGUGGAAACGCUUUCACCUAUAUGAUUGCUUGUGUGACUCCCGCCGAGUUCCACCUAAGCGAGACUUUGAAUACGAUCUCAUAUGCUCAGCGGGCCAGAGCCAUUCAGAGCAAACCUCACAUUCAGCAAAUUGCAGACGACGGCGACAAGCAGGCUUUGAUUGAGCGACUCAAGUCGGAAAUUUCUUUCUUGCGCCUACAGAUCCGCAACUCUGAAGGGUCUGAGCGACGUGAAGGAGGAUCCACCGAACGAACUGAACGCAAGAACGAACGUGAAAAGCACCUGCAGAAUCAGUUGUUGGAUGUCCAAGAAAGCUAUAAUUCUCUCAGCCAGCGCCACGCCAAGCUGAUUUCGAAUAUGGCGAAUGAUUCGGAGUCUCAUGCCAACGGCGAAAUGGACGACGCUACCUCUGAAAUUGGGAAGAACUCGGUUGAGAGAAUGCAGCGGUCCAAAUCCUUUGCCGAGUCUGUGGAGCAGAUGGUUUUGGAGUAUGAAAAAACCAUUCAAAGCUUGGAGUCUUCACUCUCUGAAACACGCGCCUCCCUCUCCAUCACGGAGAGUGAUUUACUCGAGCGUGAGACCAAGUGUGCCUAUAUCGAGACUAUCAAGGAACAGCUUCAGGCCCGUGUCCAUAAGAUGCAGGAUCGGGAAGCAAACACUGAGACCUACCUCCACGAAUUGGAGUCUAAGCUUGAUGGCCACUCUACAGGCGAAGAGAAGCACGCUGCCAUUGUUGCCGAAUUGCGCAAGGAAUUAAGCCGAGCGCGCGAUAGCGAAGCCAGCUGCGAGGAAUACAUCUCGAGGCUUGAAGAACGACUUGCGGAGGGUGAUCAGGACAUGGAACUUAUGCAGCGCGAGGUGAUGCGUUUGGAACAUGUCAUUGAGCGCCAGCGAGGCCUCGGGCAGCUAGAUCGCCUGCUCAGCGAACUGGACCAACAAGAUGGUGGGGAUAGACACGAUAUUGCCAACGGCAUUGACCACCCACACUAUCACCAGCCUAGGGGUAUGCAAACCUCUCAUAGACACACGCCCUCUCUGGACGUUCUCAGCGAAGCAGUUGAGAUAGCCAUUCCGGAAUCAGACGAGGAUCUUGUCGAGCCGACCGUAGAGGCCGAGCUCGAGUCCAUUGGAGAAUCCGAGCAUGAAACGGGUGAGGACUUGAAGGUUCUGGAAACUGCGACGAGCAAGCUGGAGGCACGUCGCUCGGAAGCUCUUUGUGAGGACCCCAUCGCAAGUCCCGCCCAGUCCAAGUUCGUUGCCGACAAGCUUGAGACUGUCACUCAGGAGCUUCUCGACCUGCGUCUGCAGCACGAGAACACCGUGGGUGACUUUGAGAACCUCGAAUCCAAGUACGAGCAGGCCCUCAAGGCCCUUGAAGAGCUUCGCCAGGAUAAAAUUGAUGAAGCCCGCCACCCGGCACCCAGCGUUCAAAACGAACUUUCGCCGCGCCCGGUGACUUUUUUAGGAAAUGGAGGCACUCCGACCUCGAAGGCUGGAGCACAACACUCAUCCUCGCAAUCACUCUCUUCGGAAUUAUCCUCGGCCGGGGAGCAAUCCACUUUGCGCGCAUUAUCUGAGGAUGGAUCAAAGGCAAUUUCAUCCGUGCCCUCAACCCCUCAGGUGCUGUCGGCCGGUCUGGUGGACUCUGAAGAGUCCGAGAGCAUACGCAAGAUGCUUGCCGAGCAUCAGGAGAGUGCUGAGCUCAUGACCCAGAAAUAUACGGAGUUGCAAACCGAGCAUGAGGAGAUUCUUGGACUGGUCGAAAAGCUGAAGGCCGAGGCCCAACGCGCCAAGUCGAGCUCACCCCCUGCAACUCCCGGUUUCAAAAUGAUCCGCCGCAUGACUAGCCAGAAUCUUCUGUCAGGAGUUGACCGUGCAACCCGAGCCCUUACCGGUCUCCGGCUCCUUGCGUCCGAGGAGUUUGCUGACAAGCCGGACGCUAUGCACAACUUCGACUACCAUCUGGAUCAAACCAUGCACGAGUUGCAAAGCCGUAUGGAGCGCCUCCAAUCCCUUGAAGCCGAGAACCAGGGCGUUAAGAAAGAAAUGGAAAUGAAAGCGACUAUUAUCUCUGGCCUGACCAGAGAACGGUCGAGUUUGCAGGGUGCCUCGCCUGUGGACAUGGCUCUGGUGUCGCAGCUGCGCGAUCAGGUCGUCUCCCAGGAAAGGCAGAUCAACCACCUUCGAGACGCCCAUGAAUCCCGCCAAAGGGAGCUGUUGACCGAGAUUGAUACCUUGAAGGGUCUUUUGAAGUCUCAAGAAAGCGCUACCCGGGCAAUGGACGCCGGUGCCGAGGAGCAGGACCAGAAGAUCGGCGCUCUGCAGGGAGAGCUCACGGAGUGGCAAAGCAAGCACAAGAGUGCUUUGGAGUCCCUUCAGUCAUCUGAGUCGCAGCUCACUACUACUCUUGCCGAGCUGGAGGGUGCUUUGGCUUCGGUUGCUGCUAUGCGCUCUGAGCGUGCUGCUGCCGAUGCCGACUCUACUGAGAAAGAAGGCACUGCUCGAGAGCUUGAGGGUGGCCGCGCCGAACAGCAGGAGAUUGUGGAUAGCCUGAUGAAGAACAUCGAGGAUCACAAGUCUACUAUUGCUACUCAGCUUGCGACAAUUGCCGCUCUGGAAAAGUCUCACUCAAAUGCCCGGGAUCAAAUGGCUUCACAGACCACCGUCGAGGAAGGAGCCAAUGCCGGCGCUGUUGACUUGGGUCUUUCUUCUCGGAUGGCCGAACUUGAGAAGGAAAUUUCUUCCCACAAAUCGGUUGUCGAUUCUCACAAUAAUGCCCUGGAUACCCUCCAGGAAACUCACAAGCGUGAACUUGCCGAGUUGGAGGAGCGGACUAAGGCUGCUGUCCAGGCCGAAUACGAUGCUCGUCUCGUCGAGAAGGAUGCUGAGCAUGAGCAAUCCAUGGCGACUUUGCAGAAUGAUAUUGCAGAGUCUCGUGAUGAGUUGGUCAAGCUUCUCAAGGCUGUGUCCACUCUCCUCAACUCCGAGGUCUCAGCCGAGAACUUGACGGAUCAGAUCCAUGAUGUUUUGGCCCAGAAGCAGCACUUCUCAGACAAGUAUGCUGAGCUUAUGGGCACCAAUGAAGACCUUCGUAAGCAGCUGGAGGCCAACGCGGACGCUGAGAGCCGUCUGGACGAGAUAACCAAGAAGAACAACGUCCAGGACGCCAAGGUUAAUGAGCUGGCUCUCUUGGUGGCUACGUUGGAGGAUACUCUGCGCCAGAAGGACGAACAGGUCAAGAAGAAGGAAGCCCUGGUUGAGGAGAUCACGAUCGAGAAGCAGAAGAGCGUGCGUCUCGUGGAGGAGCUGGAGGAGCAAAUUACGAACAGCUUCGACCAGCACCACAACCGUCUGUCCGUCAUUCAGCAGGAGCGUGAUCAGGCCCUGGAAGACGCCAAGGCCAAGAUUGUUAUCUACGAAGGCGACAUCGAGACUUACCAACAGCUCUCUCACAUCCAACCUCCGCAAGAGCUCUUCCGCUGCCUCUCUUCCCUCGCCUCCGCCGGCGAUCCCUCUCCCUCCCUCCCUACCAUCACCUCUCACUCCAACGGCACUUCGAGCGUGUCCCCGCCCAACUCGCGACACGCCAGCAAAGAGCUGUCCAACGUCCAGAUGAUCGAGGACCAGGAAGCUCGAGUCCGAACAAUCGAGAAGCACCUGUACGCCGAGAAGCAGCUGACCGCCACCUUGGAAGAAGCCCUCGGCGACCUUGAAACCCAGAGCACGAAGCUUAAGAGCGACUGCGAGGCCUGGAAGAAGAAGGCCUGGGUUUAUGAGGAUGAACUGUCCUCCCUCCGGAAGGAACGCAGCUCUGCCCGUCUGUCCCUCCAGGCCGUCGAAGAGGAGCGCAGUGCCCGCCGUGAAGCCGAGGCUGCGCGCGCUCAGCUCGAAGAGCGCAUGCUUGCCCUCAACAAGAAAAAGAAGAAGAGCACCCUUAACUGCUUCUAG